UUAACCUUCUUUGCAAGAGGGAAGAAGAGCCAGCCAGUUAACGGCGAGCUUUGUGCCGGGAACUGUCGAGAGCUUUUCCUCCCUCCCAUUUGUCUCUUAGUCGCGUGGCAGAACUGGGGCUUGGCUAUGCAGCCACCCGCUUCACAACCACAGUGUUUGAAAAGGCUGUGUGGAAAGCCUCCCACCCCAGUGCAGCAAGGGGGCUAGCCAGAACUGCCUCCCUUUUUGGGGGGGGGGUGCCGCAGUUAAGGGAAAGGAGCUGUGAAUGUGCAGAGUCAUGUAUGGUUGAAAUUCCUGCAUUGCAGGGGGUUGGAUUAGAUGACCCCCAGGGUCCCUUCCAACUCUGCGAUGCUAUAAGGACUACACAAACCAUCCCGCUUCCAGAACUCUCUCGUUGGGUGUGCUUGUACCGUGGAGGGUGUCCCUAGUGUACAGUGUCCCUCUUUGCCUUUUAUCCUCAGGAAUGGGAGAGAGGGACUCAAACAUCCUGGGGUCCUUCUAUGUCCUCUUUCUCUCUCUCUCUCCCCAAGUCCAAAGGGGCCACUGCUUUCUUUGUAAUUUUUAUUGUAUACUUUAGAGGCAUAGCUGUCAAGUUUUCCCUUUUCUCGCAAGGAAGCCUAUUCAGCAUAAGGGAAUUUCCCUUUAUAAAAGGGAGAACUUGACAGCUAUGUUUAGAGGAGGCAUUAUUUUGUUGAGGUGCUCAACUUGCAUGCCACUUUCCCACUUUAAAAAAGCCUCUCUGGGUGACUUACAAGGUAACUGAAACCAUCAAGAGAAUGAAUAACAUAUUUUAAAUUUCUGCACAAUUUUGGAACUAAAUUAGCACAAUAAAAACCUAUAGUUGGCAGAUCUCAGAAAUCUGGCAGAGCCAGUGGAGUGGGUCUGUCUUGGGAGAGAAUUCUACAACAUAUUAUUAUUAUUAUUAUUAUUAUUAUUAUUAUUAAUGCAGGCACAACCACAAAAAGGCAGGUCGGUCGUGCCCCAGUUGGUGAUGGUGGAGGCAUUGGCACCCAAAGAAGUGUGUCUCCAGCUAAUUAUUCAGGGAGGGGAAAAUAAUGGAAGACAGUAAUUCUUUAUGCAGCAUGCCAAAAUGUAUUUUACCCAUAAGCUCUCUUUGUGUGAUAACAUCUUUUGGGGGGCGUGGGUAAAGGCAAGGCAGGAGAUGGAGCUUAAACUACCACCACUUUUGGGGACUGCCAGUCCCUGUUGAGAAGGACUAUCAAGAUACCCCAUGCUGGAAAGUAUUUUUCAGUGUAGAAACAACUAAAUGAAUACACAAAGAAAGCUCAAGAAAAUGAGCUAAGAAGACACUUGGUACAGAAGAGAGUGUAAACAUUCCCAGAGUCUUUCCCGAAUAUGUGUGUUGUAAUUUUGUUUGGUUUUAGUACUUUGAGUUCCUGAUAAAAUACUACCUUCAUAUUCUGCCCUUUCCAGCUCUUAUAGUCUUCCAAUGUGUUAAGCCUUUUUGGCCUGUGUAACCCAAGGUGAACCCAAGGCCAGGUACUAUCUCGCUGCUCACCCAGUAAAUUGUCUUGCGUUAAUCUGGAAUAACGGAUGGGAGGAGGCUGUUUCUGCAGGAAUAUUAAGACCAUGAAUCCCAUGAGUUACUAUGUAUGUUUUAGAAUCAAGGUAUAUAUACAGUAUAUGAGUAUAUAUAUAUAUUUCCAGAAAGAGUUUGAGUUGGUGUCCUGCUUUUAUGCCACUGAAAUCAAUUGUUCUGACCAAUUCAAGGGAAAUAAUCUUACUUUAGUGGUUCAUCAAGCAUACCGUACCUAAUAAGUGUCUGGCUUUAAAAAAUAUUUCACAAGUUUUCCUUCCUUUUCUGUUCUUUGUCCUUAGAUGACUGUUGUUAAAGUAGAAGGAUAAUACAAAAUGGCAGAAGCAAUUUUCCAUCCCCCAAGAAGGAAGAGAAGAGUAUAUGAAUCAUAUAAUUCUCCGUUUCCUAUUUCUUCCACCGGAGAGGGAAUUUACAGAAGAGAUUACAAAAUAUGCCAGGCUGAAAUUAUAAAUAACAAUGUAAUUGUGAAGAAUCCUGAAGAUAUAGAACACCUAUAUAGUAUGGGAUUUUUUGGGAAAGGUAUUCUUUCCAGAAGUCGGCCAGAAUACAAUAUUUCAGAUCCUAUGUUGGUUGCUAAGUGGCAAGAUGUCGGGUUAAACAUGCCGAUAAUCUCAUCGAAAAAAUACCAGCAUCAUGUAGAAUGGGCUAAAAGCCUCAUGCGGGAGCAAGGACUGGAUGACAUCACAAUUGAUGCAGCCAUUCUGAAUUUUACCCAGCCCAUUAAUCUGAGAGAAGUUGAGCAAAAUAGUGAGGCUGGGGAGACUAUCAAAAUGGAGACGGCUGAGGAUGAGUCAAAGCAUGUAGUGACUUCUUCUGAAACAAAUGGGGAUAAAGUAGCUGGCCUGGAAGGUGAUCCAUUUUUGGACCCACUAGCCGAGAAUGACUCUAAUGAAUCAGAUGCAACAGGAUCUAAACCUUUAGCUAAAAGACACUUGGCAAAACUGUGUGCAGUCGGUGCGCAUCACAGCUGCAAGCCAGAAGAUUGUAUUGAUCAAGACUAUAAUAAUGAGUAUGUGUUAAUUCAAGAAGGAGGAGGAGAAGAAGAAAGAGAAGGAGAAGAAACAAAUUUAUGUCUGAAAAAAGAGUUAAUCAAAAAAGAAAGGUUAGUGUGCAGAAGGAAUCCAUUUAGGAUCCUAGAAUAUUUGCAACUCAGUCUAGAAGAGGCUUUUUUCUUGGUCUAUGCUCUGGGAUGUUUAAGUAUUUAUUACAAUGAGGUGCCUUUAUCUAUUCUGAAGCUAUGGGAAGUUUUUAGCGAAGCACAACCCAAAUUUAAGGCUACAUACAUGGCAUAUCACUACUUCCGUAGUAAAGGAUGGGUCCCUAAAGUUGGCCUGAAAUAUGGGACUGAUCUCUUUGCCCUUGAGGCCUAUGAGCAUGGGGAGUGAGACCCCAGCCAUUUACCUGGGCAAGUCCUGAUGGGGAUUUGCCUCCCAUAACCUACCCUCACCACCUCCUGUCUAAGAGGAACAGACCCAGCAAGGUAUUGGCUUGCCUGAGCAUGCAAGAAGAUUAAUUACACCAUUGCCCCUCUCUGAACGCAAAUGAUGAUAACAUAAUGCAACAUUUUAAGUAAUUAGUUUUCCCAAUAAAAGAAUGUUUCACUUCUCUUUUAGUCUGGGGGACCAACUUGCUGUUAAUUACGCUGGUCAUCACUUGGCAGCAUCAACUGCGGUCCAUUGGUUACUGCUCCCGAUUCCUCUUGGUCCACAUUCAGUCUUUUGAGUGGAGCCAGUAUGAUUUGGUUCUCUGGACCAUUGGCAUCUCUCUUGAGUAAAUAGCUCUGCACAUUACAUCCCCAAAUGCUGUGCAUUCAGCUGUGAACUCUGCGUGUGUUUUCCUAGACUGAGAACUUCAUCUAGGAGCAGGUGCAACCUUGGUAAGAUUGUUGGCAAGCAUGGGAGCAGCCGGAGGCUGGAUUUAAUCCAUCUCUCUUUGAAUAGAUCACUCUGUGGCUGUUUUUAGAUCCACAAUUUUUUCCUUAAGGUGGCACUGUACAAUAGUCAAAAAUAUCUUUAUUCCCAGUUACCUGAUUAGGAUUUUUAUUUAUUGUGAGCAGCUUCAGCUCCCAACUGUUGUUAGAAUAAAAACAAACAAACCCUGAUCCUAUUAUAUUAUGGUUUAGAUUUUCAAAGCUGAGUAAUGGGAAAGCGACACGUCCUACCUUAAUAUGAUUCAAAAUGAAGAAAGCAUGAUAUUUCUAGUAAGCGCUUGUCUUGUUUCUUUUCUUCCCG